CAUCUCUAAUCUAACUAUAUUAUGUUAUACGAUUGCAGUCCCUACAAAACCAAACCCAAACCCAAACCCAAGAAUGGCUUUGAAACAGCAGAAUAACAUGCACCCGAUGGAACUCUCUAGUCUCUCCUUCAUCAACAGCUUUAAAAACGAACCAAAAUAUUUCUGAUCUUCUUGUCCACAGCGUCGGAUAAUCUGCUCUUUGGAGGCCGGCACUAUCGCGUCCAGGAAAUAACUUGCCAUUGGCGGGUGACGGUAUCCCUAGCCCAUACAAAUUCGCUGCCCACCUGCCAUUGACUCUGUAAGCGUUCUUGCAUCAAAAGCUAGAAAAAGAAGAACAGGCGGCGUACGGAGCGGCUAAGCAGAGGAAGAAGAUGGGGACGAAGCCAAGCAAACAAGCAAUGGUCGUUUUUGGGGCUCUAGCAUUUGGAUGGCUCGCGAUUGAAACGGCUUUCAAGCCUUUUCUGGACAAGGCUCGUGCGGCCAUGGGCAAGUCUGACCCCGACCGCGAUCCCGACGAUGUGAAGGAUGAGUCUGCUAGUAAAGACUCGUUCAAUGCUGAUGCUGAUGCUGUCGCCCCCGACGGGAAACCAACAGUUAUGUGAUGGUGAUGGUGAUUGGUGGGAUAAAUUUUAUCGACCAUCCUGAAUUUAUUUAUCUGUAAUGCUACAGUGUCUCAAUUUAAAAAAAUAUAACAUAAAAUUUUAUUAAUUUUUAUAUUUUACAUAAUAAAAUUUAAAAAUUUAAAAAAUUUUA